GCCGUUUCUGUGGCAACGCCCGGAAGGGGCGUUCCGAGGCGGCCUCGGGGUCGGAAAUGACGCUGCGUCUGGCGCGGAGGCGGUGGAGCCGGGCCGGAGCCAUGUCAGCGGGUGGCGGAGGGCAGCGCGACGCUGGGGCCGCUGGCGGGCGCCGCAGUAAGUGGGACCAGCCCGGCCCGGCCCCCGCCUUCCUUCUCCCCGGCACGGCGCCGCUGCCCGGGCGCCCCUUCCCCGGUGGCGGAGAUGGGGGCUCCGCUGUGGCGGGCUCGGAGAGUUCCGCUGCCCCCUCGGGAGCGCUGGAUGCGGCCGCGGCCGUGGCCGCGAAAAUCAACGCGAUGUUAAUGGCCAAAGGGAAGCUCAAGCCGGCGCCCAACACGGCGGACAAGCUGCAGGCUCUGGGAAAAGGUCCGGCUACAAGUAAAAGCAAAGAUGACCUUGUGGUGGCAGAGGUAGAAAUCAAUGAUGUGCCCCUCACAUGCAGAAACCUGCUGACAAGAGGACAGACUCAGGAUGAGAUAAGCCGACUGAGUGGAGCAGCUGUCUCUACUCGAGGGAGAUUUAUGACUGCAGAAGAGAAAGCAAAAGUGGGACCCGGAGAUCGUCCAUUGUAUCUUCAUGUCCAGGGUCAGACACGGGAAUUGGUUGACAGAGCUGUUAAUCGAAUUAAAGAGAUAAUUACUAAUGGAGUAGUAAAAGCAGCCACAGGUUCUAGUCCAACGUUCAACGGAGCUACAGUUACUGUCUAUCACCAGCCAGCCCCUAUUACUCAGUUGUCUCCAGCAGUUGGCCAAAAACCUCCAUUCCAGUCAGGGAUGCAUUAUGUUCAGGACAAGUUAUUUGUUGGUCUGGAACAUGCUGUACCUACAUUUAAUGUGAAGGAGAAGGUGGAAGGGCCUGGUUGCUCCUACUUGCAGCACAUUCAAAUUGAAACGGGUGCCAAAGUCUUUCUUCGUGGGAAGGGCUCAGGUUGCAUAGAACCGGCAUCAGGCAGAGAAGCUUUUGAACCCAUGUACAUAUAUAUCAGUCACCCAAAGCCAGAAGGUUUGGCAGCUGCUAAAAAGCUGUGUGAGAAUCUAUUGCAAACUGUUCAUGCUGAAUACUCCCGAUUCGUGAAUCAGAUAACCACUGCAGUACCCUUAGCAGGCUUUACACAGCCUGCCGCUUUAAAUAGCGUACCUUCCCAGCCGUCGUAUUACCCUUCCAAUGGAUAUCAGUCUGGUUAUCCUGUUGUUCCCCCUCCUCAACAACCAGUUCAGCCACCAUAUGGUGUACCAGGCAUAGUACCACCAGCAGUGCCAUUGGCACCUGGAGUCUUAACAACGCUACCUACAGGAGUUCCGCCUGUGCCAACACAGUAUCCAAUAUCUCAAGUACAACCUCCAGCCAGCACUGGCCAGAGUCCACUGAGCAGUCCUUUUCUUCCUGCUGCCCCAGUAAAAACAACCAUGCCAACUGGUACACAGCCACAAGUCCAACCCCAUCCCCAAGGUCAAAAGAGACGCUUCACUGAGGAACUACCAGAUGAGAGAGAGUCAGGACUACUGGGAUACCAGGUACAGGCUUCUCCAGUCAGAGUGAAAUCGAUGGAGCCGGGUCGAAGCCAGCAAGUUCCUCAGGAAAGGAGAGAGAGAGGGACAGGCAGUUGAUGCCUCCGCCAGCUUUUCCUGUCACUGGGAUGAAAUCAGAACCUGAAGAAAGAAAUGGUGCUGGGUCCUUACCAGGCAACCAUGGUGAGUGCAAUGAAUAAAAUAUACUUGUAAGUCAGGUUUCCUUUCCCAAAUGAGUUUGUGCUGGUCUUAACAUUUGUUUAAAUGGGUGAUUUUUUUUUUUUUUCCUUCCUGUUCUUUAUACCACAUUAAGUGAAAAGCGGGUUGCAUUGCACUGCUCUAAAACACAUUCUAUGUGAUUAUAUACACAUGAUGCUUCUCUUACAACUUUAAUAAAUAUCUGUAUUAGGACAGUGUAAUUAUGUGAAGGACUAAAGAUUGGGUAUUUUUGACCCAUCAGUCAGCCAGGGCACAGAAUUUUAUAGGAUUGUUUUGUAACAUAGAUAUGGUGUGGCUUUACAUUGUGAACAGCUAUCUCUAGAGGCACUAAGGAGUAUCGGUGGGAGUAAUGGUUCAGGUGUGUAUUUACAGACAUGAGUUAUGUCUGCAAACAACAGAAGUGCUGUCAGAUUUCAUCCUUUCAUAGGGCUGUCAAACAUCAAGUAUUUGCAACUUGGUAAAACACGUAAUCAUUUUAACUCUCCUAGCAGUUUGGGCCUUUCAGGUCUGCAGGUACAUCAUGUUAGCCUGUUUAACCUUAGUUUUUCUGCAGUUUUGGUCCCAGAGAUUGCUCUACUGUUAGCUUUCUUUUGAACAAAGUUUCUACUUUUCUUUACGUAUUUAUCUCUUUAACGGUGAAAUUGACAUCACUUAGACCCAUUUGCUAACUUUACCUUUUUUGUGUGUUUCUUUCUUCUUUCUCUGUUCUCUUACAUGGUUCUGAUGGAUCACAUGUGCUGUUGCUGGUGCUGUUUCGUGUGGCCUUCGACCUUGGAUGACCAUUGGCCUUGUGACCUCAAAAUGGUGUCCAACUAACAAUUUGCAAUUAACGUCUUUUUUUAUUAACUCGUUUUUGGGCAUUUUAUCUUUUUAUUUUUCCUUCUUGUGGGUUGGGGGGGUUGUUUUGUUUUCCCCUCCUAGAUCAUCAAGCUAAGAAGAUGAAAACUGCAGAAAAGGGCUUUGGAUUAGUGGCAUAUGCUGGAGAUUCAUCAGAUGAAGAGGAGGAACAUGGUGGCCAUAAAAACGCAAGUACUUUUUCACAGGGAUGGAGUUUGGGAUACCAGUACCCUUCCUCACAACAGCGAGCAAAACAACAGAUGCCAUUUUGGAUGGCACCAUAAAAGCUGCAGAAGAGUUUUCAUUCAUCUUUUUUUCCCCUCUAGCAAUAAUGCAUGUAUAUUACAGAAUGAACUUUGCAAAUACACAUUGUUUUUACAUUUGCAGAAGCUAAAGAUUGAGUAUUCCCCCUUGAAAGGGCUCCAUUAUUUUUAAAAUCCUUAUUUCUGCAGUGAAUUUGUCAAAAAAAAGAAAAAAAAAAAAAAGUACUCUGACAGGGCUAGUCCCUUAUACAAUAGGGGAAGUACUGUUAAGAGAAACUAGGGAAGCCUGUCAGUCUGCGUUUCCCAUUUUUCCAGGAUAAUUAAAAUGGAAAGUCAGUCAUGCUGACUUCAUUCUACACCUGAUGUUUGUAUUUUAUUGAGUGUUCCUGCUGUUAGCCUGUGCUUGCAGUCCUGUUGAGCUAAUGGUGACCCUGGCUUCAAUGUUUGGACUUUCAACAAAGGAAAGGAAUAUACAGUAGUUCUGAAAAACUUGAGGAUCACAUUUUCUAAAACUCUUAAUUUGUUUUUACUUCAAGCAUCUCCUGUAACUCAACACUGUUUUUUAUUUAAAAUGUGGUUUUACUAACCCCACAACUUCUCGUUCUAGCCAGAUGUCGGGGCGGGGGGAUGCUCGGUUUUUUGGAUGGGUUCAUCUUGCUGCUAAUCCCCACGUGCACACGGCGCUGUAGCACUGGUACUUAAUCUUCUCUGAUCACCCCUGGAUUUGUUCCCAUUCAGCAGUUCAGACGGGACUCCUUCUCAUGAGGUUCGCCCCCAUCUCUUAACUCAUUCACUCACUUGAUUCUACCCCCUUCUGUUCCAUGGUGAUUUAACAAAGAAAAGGCAAGCAGCAGCCAGGUCGACGUGGCGCCCGUGACCGGAGCGCAGGCCUUGCUCUUGCCUUGAAGCCCAGAAGUGGAACCUGGGACUAAGUUGUUGGAUUGUUAUGGACAUGUGCUGCAACACAGGCUCUCUUGGUGGGGCAGACUAUUGCAGAAAGAACUCUUGUGUGGAGUGACGCGUGAGACUGCUCUGAGGUGCUGGUCGGCUUUUGAAGUGGGAGAAAUAGUUUUAAAAAUGGGUGUGCGUGUUGUGGCUGCACCACUGAAAGACCUUGAUGGCUCACUUGUACAAACGUUGUCUUUACUAUGUGUUGUAAAUAAUGAGAACCAUACUUUCAUUAUAAAUAAAUGUAUAAAUAUUC